AGCCCAAGCCUGCUUCUACAGGGCAAAGUAACGUGCAACUUUCGUUGUUGGAUGUACAAUCAUCCUGAGCAUGCAAUUUUUAUAUGUAAUGUACGUGCGUAUAUAUAUAUAUAUAUAUAUAGUUCAAAUUCAAAAAUCAGUUAUCGGCCGUUGUCUCUCGCCCACUCUCUCUCUCAAAAUUCACGCCCACACACCAAUUUGCAUACGCGAAAUACAAUAACGUACAUAUACUUAUACAUGUACGUAUAUUUGUUAACAAAAACUAAUUUGAUACACACACAUAUAUAUAUAUAGCAGAAGAAAGAGAGGAAGAACAGGAAAAGGGAGUGGGGUUUGUUCAGCGGAAAUGCCGCCGGCGAUGACUCUGCUGGUGCAGGUGUUCGCCGCGGUGCUGUUGUUGACUUUGGAUGUGGGUGUGGCGGUUGGCGGAGGAGGGAAGAGCUUGGUGCUGAGUCUGGAGAGGACGAGCCACGCAGGAUUUGGGCUGAGUCAACUCAGGAACAUUGACCGGGUUAGACACGGCAGAUUGCUGCAGCAACAGCCUGCUGGGGUGGUUAAUUUCCCUCUCCUAGGCACCUAUGAUCCUUUUCUUGUUGGGCGAUACUUUACAAGAAUUAAGCUGGGAACUCCACCAAAAGAAUAUUACGUACUGAUAGAUACUGGAAGUCAUGUGCUUUGGGUCAGCUGCAAGAACUGCAAAGGUUGCCCCACGUACAGUGGACUCCAAAUAGAGCUCCAACUUUUUGAUCCAUCCAACUCAUCUACAGCUUCAGUGAUCUCCUGUUCUGACCGACCCUGUGCUCUAGGAUCAAGAUCUUCAGAUGCUGCUUGUGCUGAUCACAGUCGGUGCGGAUACAAAUUUCGGUAUGCUGAUGGCAGUGGGACGUCAGGUUAUUAUGUAUCAGACUCAGUAUAUCUGGAUACAAUACUCGGGAACCCAUCCAUGUCGAAUGCUUCAGCACCUAUCAUUUUCGGUUGCAGCACAUCACAUACUGGGGACCUUAUCUCGACAGAUAAUGCAGUUGAUGGUAUAUUAGGUUUGGGCCGAACGGGAAUAUCCUUGAUUUCACAACUUUCUGCACAGGGGAUCACCCAAGGUGCAUUUGCUCAUUGCUUGAGAGGAGAAAAUGGCGGUGGUGGUGUAUUAGUUUUUGGUCAGACAGAGGCCCCAAACAUGGUUUACACUCCACUUGUUCCAUCACAGUCACUUUAUUAUGUAAAUCUACAAAGUAUUGCUGUAAAUGGGCAGAACCUAAACAUCGAUCCUUCAGUGUUCGCAACAUCAAACGAGAGAGGAACAAUAUUGGACUCUGGGACAACAUUGGCAUUCCUUGCAGAAGAGGCCUUCGAUCCUUUUGUUAAAACAAUCACACAAGCUGUUGUUUCGAAAUCUGCGCAUGCUAUUUUUUCUAGGAGAAACCACUGCUAUCAGACUAAUUCCAGCGAAAUGUUCCCACUAGUUCACUUAAAUUUUGCCGGUGGUGCCUCAAUGAUACUGAAGCCCCAAGAUUAUCUUUUGCAACAGCGUGCAUCCGAUGGUUCUACGCUCUGGUGCGUUGGCUUUCAGAAUAAUGGUAAAAUGACAAUUCUAGGAGAGCUGGUUCUGAAAGAUAGGAUGGUGGUGUAUGAUUUGGCGGGUCAAAAGAUUGGAUGGGCCGAUUACAACUGUUCAUUGCCUGUUAACUUCACCAACACCUCAGCGACAACCGCCACAGACACAGUCAGAAAUAAAGCAGACGAAUCUUUCCCCAGAGGAGGACGAGCUGAUAAUAAGAAUUCAGCCCAUUACAGGCCUCACAAGCUAACGCUGAGCUUUUUUACUUUCUUGUUGCAUUCUAUGGUAUUCUUCUACUUUUGUAGGAAUUGAUGGGCCGAUUAGAGGUUUUGUAGAUGUUUGUAUUG